CGAUUUAUAAAAGCAUAUAUAACUGAAACAUCAAACAAUGUCCAAUACGAGUGGCAAUCAUCUCAAAGUGGAGGACAUCUAUGCCAUAGGCGAGCAUCGGUCUCGACGUCGGUCGUCGUGUAAAGAAACCAACAUUUACACUAACCGAGUGAUGACCAACUUUGCCGAUGCAGUUAAAGCCAUGAAUGAUGCCGUACUGUUGCCGUCAAAGUUAAAGGACAUAGAGUUGACAGAAACAGAGGCGGCGACUGUCACUGAAUCGCUGGACAUCGACAUUGCGUCCAAAACAGAUCUUUUUCAAUAUUAUGUUUUACUAAACAAUGUCAAAGACGAUCUGUUUAGCGGUUCCACCAAUAGUACAGAUGAUCAUCAAUUUAUGAUAAAUAGUAAUAAUAAUAAUACUAAUAAUCAUAAUAAUUCUAAUGGCAAUUAUAAUAGUAGUAGUAGUACUCCUAAUAAUAAUAAUAAUAAUAAUCGUUGGGAUCGGCAGCAAUCGGACGAUGCAUUUCAAUCAUUAAGCAGUUUGUCGAGUCUAUCGGCACUUUCAUUAGAUGGAGAUCCGGUCACAUUUGAGGACAGGGCCAACCAAUUGAUGUCAGUAUUUAUGCAACACUUGCAGUCCUUGUAUGGCAUUCUUCAACAGUUCAGCAAAGUUGCUGACUAUAUAACUAAACGAUAUCAACAAGAGAUCGAUAGUACUGACAACAAAUGAGAGGCACAGGGAGUGUGUAUUAUAGAGAAGAGAGAGAGAAUGAGAGUGAGUAAGAACUGGAUGUAUAAAACAAAUAUUGUGUCAAAAUUUCGACAUAACGUUCCCUCAAAUAAUUAAAAUUAAAAAAUAAUAAUAAUAUCAUUAGUUUUGCCACUCAUUUGCUAUUUCUCACUCCCAUCAGUUUUUUAUAGUUUUUUUAUUGUAUUUUUUUAAAACUAUGUAAAUGUAUUUUAUAUUGAUUAAUUUCUAUUUCUGAUAUUUUUAUGCACGACAAUUGUGACAUUCAACAAUAGUUUUAAUUUUAUUUUUCUUGUUUUAGAUGAACAUACAGUUAAUCUGUAAUAU